AUUUUAAAGUCGAACCUGUGGGGACCCCGGUUGGUUGAAAAAUAGUUUCUUUCAGGCGUGGCUACCAAGCAUUACUGUUCCAGAACCUUCGAUCAACUCAAGAAAUGAAGGCGAUUGUGUUGGUUGGCAAAAGGAUUUCGAAAGAUCCAGUGUUGACACAUCGUGCUAGUGGUCCCGCUUUUGCUGAACUUUCAUCUAUAUUUUAAAGGAAAAAGUCUAUUGAAGUCAGGAGGUGUUUGCUUGCAACAAAUCGCUGGCGUAUAUGGGGCAGGAUUAUUAUUCCGUUCUUGGGGUUCCACGAAAUGCCUCGGCCGAGGAUAUCAAAAAGGCUUACAAAAGACAGGCCUUGCUUUUUCAUCCAGACAAAAACAAAAACCAAGGAGCAGAGGAACAGUUUAAGAAAAUAUCUGAGGCGUACUCAGUCUUAACAGACGCCAACAAACGCCGAAUAUUUGACACAUACGGCGAGGAAGGAUUGAAGAACGAAUGUGGUGGAUUUAGUUUCGGUGUCUUCCCCGACCCCGUGAGCAUUUUCCGCGACGUAUUUGGUGAUGAUCCCGAUUGCCCCUUCCAAGGUUUGUUUUUAAUUUUGUUGGUUUACAUACAACUUUUUCGUUUAGUGUCAAAAAUCGUUCAAAGGUACCAGUUUUCGAGCCGUAAAGUUUUGGGGUUUCAUCGAGCGAGGGUACAGAUGUCGAGUAGUAACUAACGCUAAAUUGAGAAGAUGGGCCUUGUAUUUUACAACUUGAUACAUUGUACCGAAGCUUAACGAGAGUUUGCGAGUCACGAGUCAGAAAAGGUCGCAUGGGCUGUGUGAUUAGUGAGAAUGACUGGAUUUACUCUCAUUUAAAGACGAAAGUCCUCGUCGUGGCAAUUUUAAGACAACAUGAAGUGUGCCUUUUUUCUCGAAAUUUCUAUUUUUAAUCCCGUUUAUAUUGCACGAAGGCGACCCAGUAGGAAUUCGAUUUCGGUCCUGCACCCUCUUUAUCAGCAUUUUUUCUGCCUAUUCUGUCAAUUCGCUUUAUACGUGAUGAAAUUUUCAGGGUGAAAACACCAAAUAUAGUAUUAAUUUGGAUAACCGUUCUCACACGGAAGGUUAUGUCUCCUGAAUACGCGUUACUUCACGUUUUGCUUGAGUGGGCUUUGUUGUAAUAAUACGUUUCAGUUAGUCACUCCUGACGCAGUUCGCGGGUCGCCCUUUCUUCUUUCCUUGUCAAAGUAAAUGACGAACGUCCUGUUCAAAUAUGACAAAAGAAAUUAUUGUAUAAAGUCGCUGGAGUGGAAACACAGCCUGCGGUCAUUUUUAAUUUCAGAUCUCAACUGCUCCAGCUCUAAAAAAAAUGCUCGCUUUAAAUUAUGGUUUACCAGCAAAAUUGAGUUAUCAAAUGGUUUUUCUCAUCUGUUAUGUCUUCUGUCAUGAAUUUUUCUUCCUGAACUAGUGUCAUGUUUAGCGUUUUUCAUGCUUAUCAAUUAUGUCUAGAAUGUUCCAUAGAUCGGCAAAUGAUAUUUUAAAUAUUUCGUUUUAUUUGUCGUGUCAAAACAAAUUUCUUCAAAUUUUGUACAUCAAGCACCGUACCGAUUUUCGUUCGAAAGAUUUUACUUUGGAAAGAUCAUUUUCUUACUUCAAUUGUCCGACCCAUCCUCAGAAGCAUCUAUCUUGAGAUCAAAUCUUAAACUGCGAGCACGAGCGAAUCGUUUUGAGUUUCGUUGUCAUAGAGAGAACUCAUUUACAGUGAAGUGAUUACCAAUCUUAAUGUCAUCUAAUUCAAAUUGUGAAUAUUUCUGUCUCCAAGUUUCGAAAAGUUAUAAUUUAAUUCCUGUUUAAAUGAAAGAAGUGAAAAUAGGCUGAAUAUGUAAUUAUUAGUUUUAUUUAAAAGUUUUAUUGUUUACGUGUUUCACUUUCUAGUUCUAGAAUAUUCUUUUAACUUAGGUCAGAGCACGUUUACAAUUUGCAAAAUCGUUUCCUCAUUGUAUUGAUUUUAAUUAUUUUGCAAAGCAAAUUCCACUCUUCUAAAUUUUUAUAAACAGAGGUACGUACCAAUAUAUUUUUAAAGGCACUCUGCACACGACUAUCUGUUAGUAGGAGUGUGUGGUUUGGUAGAUUAAUUUUGGGAGGCAUGAAAGAUCUCUCCUGGAGAUGGUGGUGCAUUUUUAGUCCCAUGUCCCCUAUAAUGAAGAGUUAAGCUAAAUUACACCUAGAGUGUGCCUUUUAUUGAUGAUGUGUGAAUUUUAGGAAUGUAUUACAGCUAGUAGUAAAAUUGUUGGCAACUGGUCAACUUGUACUCUCUGCAAGAAUGUUACAAUAUUGGAUAACUAAUUCGAUAAAAAUAUAAUGCUUGUGUUGAUUUUAAUUUUUUUUUGUUUAACAGAUAUCUUUGAUGGUUUCAAUUCCUCUUUUCCACGAAUGUUUUCAACAUCUUCAUCCUCCUCUUUUUCUGGUGGCUUUAAAACCUUCUGUAAUGAUGGAUUUGAUUUCCCAGGUCCAGAUCCCUUUCAGAAACACGGGGUACAAGAUCCUCCAAUUGAGACACCAAUCCAAGUGAGCUUGGAAGAACUUGCAACAGGAUGUACGCGAAAACUUAAAAUAUGUCGUCAGGUGUUAUCGCACAGUGGAGGAACAUCGCGAGAAGAAAAAAUUCUUUCAAUAGACAUUAAACCAGGGUGGAAAGCUGGAACAAAAAUAACUUUUGCUCAACAUGGAGACCAGAAACCAGGAAUAAUUCCUGCAGACAUUAUAUUCGUUAUUGCAGACAAACCACACCAGUAUUUUAAGAGAGAUGCUGAUAACAAUCUUCUGUAUACAACAAAAGUUAGUCUACGUGAUGCCCUUGUUGGAUGUCAACUACAGAUUCCAACUAUUGAUGGAAGAGUAUUAAGGAUACAAUUAAAUGAAGUGAUUCAACCAGGAACACAGAAGAGAAUUCCAGGAGAAGGUCUGCCCCUCCCAAAAUCACCUGGACAGAGGGGAGAUAUGAUAGUGACUUUCAAUGUUGAAUUUCCAACAAACUUGUCUAUGCAGGAGAGACAUGAACUAGCUAGUAUGGUACCAUGAAACAAUUUUAUUGGAGAGAGGAAUUAGAAAAUUUCCAUGACCGUCAGUUGAUUGGAGACACAAGUGUCACCUUGGUCGAGGCUGUGUGGCCUAUAAAAGUGCAGGUUGCCUUCUUAGCACUUGGUAGCUAAGAGUUUGUCUGAGAUGACACCCUUAGUGUGUGACUUUAUGGAUGUCAUUGCCGUGAAGGAAGCUAUUACAGUUAAGAAAAGAAUUUUUGGUGUACAGAAAUAUUAUCCAGAUUUGUCAUAUAUUUUCGAAAAGAAACUAUUUUGGUGGUACUAUGCUUAAUUAGCAUGGUCCUAUUUGCUUAUAUCAUGAAACAAGAUCUUUUUUUCUCAUUUUAACAUUUUUCCUUUUCUUUUUAAUAAUAACUUGAGUGCAUUUCUUUGGUAGUGAAUUCUUUUAUCAAAUUAAUAAUGCAUGUAUAGAAUUUCUUUUAACUUCAUAAACCACCCAUAUCACUCAAAACACUUAUAAUGAAUGUGUUUUAAACACACAAAGAUUAAACUAAAUUGUUAGUGAGUGGAUUUUGAUAAUAAAUUGUUUCCAAAUAGUGAAGGUUUGAUCAAGCUAAGUAAUUGAAUACAUUGGUGUUUUUGACAAACAGCUAAAGCCUUUGUAAAUGCCUUUUAUUUUUGUGAAGGACUAAUUUUCGUCAGUUGUUGAAGGGUUGUGGAUAUUAUGCGCCCUAGAGUAAGGAAAGCACGCAACAGCCACCUUCAUCAGAAAGCUUUUCUCCGACAGCCAGGUAGUAAUUAUGCCGUGACCCAAAAUGUAGUAGUGAAAGUAAGUUUAAAAAAUACAGAUGAUAUUUUCCUAGUGGCAAAGUAAUCAUGGCAUUAAAAUGCUUCUUUUGUAAUAAUUCAAUCAAAAUACUUUUAAUCAGCUUUUUAUGAAAUUUGAUGAAGGUGCUUUACAUGGAAAUUGUGAGUGUUGAGUAUUGUCUGGAGUGCUAAGAAAUGAUUAAUAUUUAUGUUGCUUGUUCGUCACCUUGCUAAGUCUUGAAGAAUUUGUUCUUGGUAAAAAUAAAAGGUAUUAAGCUUUUGAAAGUUCACAGGGCAAUUUGGCAAGCUGUAAUGCAGACUGUCAUGAUCUAAUGUGGCAGUUUAUCACUGUAUAGAAAUAAUAUAUUCAUGUAUUUAUCGUGUCAGCUUACUGUCAAUAUAGGAGAAAAAUUUAAAAUAUGAGAAGUGGACUGUGUAUAUAUAUAUUAUUCCAGUGUUGAUAAACUGAAAAGAAUUUGCUGGUAAAUCCCAAUAGUGUUUUAAACACACAGUAGUAUUGUAGAAAGAGUGUGAUUUGGUUUUUUCAUUUUUUUCCUUUACUCCUUCACUGAAAGAUCCUUUCUUAUUAAGUUCUAAGAGGUACUAUUGUCUCUUUUCUCUCCCUCUUAGUUGUUGUAGUAUCCUCUUGGAAGCAUGUGUAUGAUCUUGCACUUGCACAAAGAAAAUAUGGAAUAGAUUGUUUUGUAAAAUGAGGCAAUAAAUUGUUUAUUUUGUUCUGAGGAAAUUUUAGAUAUUUACUGCUCAUCUAGUAGUCAGCCAUGAAAAGACCAGCUCUCCAGCCACUGAAUUUUGAAGGGAUUUGAGGGGAUAGGGGCGUUAACAGUCCUAAAUGGAUGGGAAUUUUAUCAUCAGUACUGACUUGCCAUGUGAGGGUCUAAGACAGCCUGGCAAGCUUUGCUAGCUUUUUCAGGAAUAGACCCUGACCAGACUGAUCAUUAUCAGUGACACAAAUCUACAGUAGGAGCAGGUAAUUGGUUAAACUCAGGAGGUGGCAUGGGAGGGGUACUUGAAGCACAGCACCAUGUAGGGUACAUCUACCUAGGGCGUAAUCUAGUAUUGACCCACAGCAUUUAUCAAUGUGGAAGUUUUUAUCUAUGUGGAAGUCUGCUGUAAAUACAAACACCGAUGCUAAAAAGUUACAUUUGUAACAGUGAUGGCUAUUGUGCAGCCCACCAAACACACCCUCUUGAGUUGGGAAGGGGAGAGGGGUUAACUUGGUUAUUUUUAGCCCACACUAACGUCAAUCAUUACAACAUGGUAUUAACAAAUCUUGAAUAUGUAAUAUUUAUACUACCGUCAAACUCUUAUAAUCAACCUCUACGUAACAAAGUCCCUAGGAGUAAUGAACGGUUUUAUCCCAGCAAUAGGAAAAUGUAUGGAAAAGAACCUCAUUAUAACGAAACCUCUUUAAAGCAAACAAAUUAAUGUUGGCAGUCCCUUGGCCCUUCGUUAUAUCGAAGGUUCCUCUGUAGUGAAUUAGUUUAUGCUGGUUGUGUCACUGCGACGGAGGCAGAGUCAUCAAAGCUAUGUUCACACAACCAUUGUGGAUAGCUAUUUUCAAAGGCAACACAAAAAGUUAUUGAGGAUAGAAUGAACAUAUCCUAAGCUUCAUAAUGAUGCUUAGCAAAAUUAAAGAGUCUCAGUUUUCAUUUUUUCACUAGAUCAGAGAAUUGGAGUCAUAAACUGGAAAAAGGAAGAAAAUUGAAAUAGUCUGUGACUCUGUUUCUGUCGAAUGCUGGCAAGUCUAGUCACUGACUUGACUCCACCUAACUCUGACUAUAUCAGUACUGAAACAACCUUUGCAAAAUAUCACUGGACAGUGAUAAAUACAGGGGAGGGGCCUAGGGCCCAACCUCAUUGUUAUGCCAAAUUGAAGACCUUAGUGCACAGAAAAAUUAUUUCAGAGGCUGGGCUCCCUCUUAUCUAGGGUCUAGAUGAGUGGCCCCCUGACGCUAACAUCCACUUAACUUGAAGAUCCGAAUCUCCCACUGCCAGGAAGUAAAUUUAAUUACUCAAGAAUAGAUUUAAAAAGACAGUAAAAUACAGUAGACUCUCUCUAAGGCAAAUUCCUUUGGGACCACCUGUUUGUCUGUAUUAGGGCAGAAGUCCAUCUCACAGAGAGUCAACUAAAUGGAGUGAAGAAAGGCAGGGACAAACUGUAGGUGUAUGCAUGCUUAGAGAAGGUUGACUGUAUGUUGUUUUUGGUACAAGUUGUUGACGUGGCAGUUAGUGAUUGGAUCAUUACAUUACUUCCUCUAAGUAGCCUGUAUCGCAGACGUUAAAUCUACACCCUAAUGUCUGCAAAGCAGCACCUAUAUCUCUAUAUCCUUUUUCUGGUCCCAUGAAGCUUGAUGCUUAAAACUGGCCUUUUAAAAAUGCAACUGGAGUAAAGGAUACAAUAACUUUAAGGUAGAAGCCAGUACCCCCAGUACAUUAUUGCCAGAGUCUCUCAUAUAAUUUUUGAAAGACCCUGGGAGAGACUAGAGGGACUUAAGUGCCCCCUUUCCCUGACAUGCAGAACGUGCUUACAUUUCAAUUCAAUGCCAGCAUUCCUUCUGAGAUAUAUCAACGCUGUAGCAUUUUUCAAUUCUGCCUUAAUGAUAAAGCAGGCCCUCUUGUUUUAGAUUCGUUCCUCAGAAAUAAAUUAUUGCAUGUAUACAAACUUAAUAAAUUUUUCCUGGAAAGGUUUGCAUUAUACUAACUAUAUGCUGUUUCUGUGAUUAGAUGAAAACUGUGUAAAAUUCACCCUUCAGUAAUUUCCUCACUUAAGUUCAAUUCAACAAAAGGUUAACUGACAAGCAUAGAUUGCUACACUUCUAAAUUCCUUUUUCCCUUUAGGCUCAAUAUUACCAGCUGCCAUCUGAAUCAAACAACAGACCUGGGAGACAGCGGAGAUCAAGCCUAAUCUUCCCUUCAGUUUGGAAGGGAAAAAGCUAGAAGAAGAAGCACCCCAUUCCUUGGAGAGGGCUGGGGAUGUAUGCUCCCCUUUGAUAGUUUAUACCAGGGGAGGGGGGGUUCUUCCUUAUAAGAGGCUAAUGGGAUGUCCCGCUGGAUGGGGUCGCAUUUUCACUACUGGAUUGACUAUAAUGGGGUCCCAUCUUCAAUAGAGUUUCUAGAAUGGGGUUGCAAAUUUUCAGAUUUUUGGGGUAAGAAAGUUCUUCAUACUUACGAUCAGCAAACAUACCAGAAUGUUUGUACUGCAGAUGAAAAGUAAAAUGUUCUUCAUUCAAUCUAAAAAAUGGGUCAAUUCAUAAAAAUAGAAAGUGACUACUGUAAGGAAAAUUACAUAUUUGCCCAAAAGUGAUGGGGACCCAAGAUGGGGUCAGCCAUAAUUGGCCACAGAAUAGACUAUAAUGGUGUAGGGGCUCUGGAAGGCCAGCGGCACAUACCCGGCAAAAAUUAACCCAAGUAACCCCCAUUUGAUACUGCUAUAAGCAGGGGCAGAUCCAGACCUUCAGAUAAAGGGGGAGCCUGGUCAUCCACCC